UGUCUCUUGAUUGUUUUGGCAAUGCACCCUGCAAGGUUGUAAAUGGCAGAAUAAGAGACUAGGCUUGUUUGCUGCAGUCAUAGCUCCACGAUCUCAAACGAAAAGAUAUCGUUUUUCCGCUGCUCUGCUAACCAUAAAGAUUGCGAUAUGCCUGCAAACACAGAUAGCAAAGUGGAAAUCAAGUUCACACAGUUGUUCAUAAACAACGAGUUCGUGAAUUCUGUGAGUGGAAAAGUAUUCCCAACAAUAAACCCUGCAUCUGGUGAAAAGAUAUGUGACGUACAAGAAGGUGACAAGGCUGAUGUCGAUAUUGCUGUCAAAGCGGCUCAGCAAGCAUUCAAGCUUGGUAGCAAAUGGAGAACAAUGGAUGCUUCAGACCGAGGCUUAUUGCUAAACAGACUGGCAGAUCUCAUUGAGCGAGACAGGAAAUAUUUGGCGGAAUUGGAAACACUGGACAACGGAAAGCCUUACUCUGAUUCCUACAACAUCGAUUUGAGCCUCACCAUUAAAUGCUAUCGGUACUAUGCUGGAUGGGCAGACAAAAUACACGGAAAGACCAUUCCUACAGAUGGAGAUUUCUUCAACUACACAAGACGCGAGCCAGUCGGUGUUGUAGGCCAGAUAAUUCCUUGGAACUUCCCAAUACUUAUGCAAGCGUGGAAACUUGGACCGGCUCUUUGCUGUGGAAACACAGUUGUUAUGAAAUUGGCCGAGCAAACUCCAUUGACUGGACUGUACGUUGCUAGCCUUAUAAAAGAGGCUGGAUUUCCACCUGGUGUUGUCAAUAUUAUCUCUGGGUAUGGUCCAACAGCUGGAGCUGCCAUUUCGGAGCACAUGGAUGUGGACAAAGUUGCAUUCACUGGUUCAACUGAGAUUGGUAAAAUUAUUCAACAGGCCGCGGGGAAAAGUAACUUGAAAAAUGUCACUUUAGAACUUGGAGGGAAAAGUCCAAACAUAAUUUUUGCUGACGCUGAUAUUGAUGAAGCUGUGGAAUUGAGUCAUUUUGCGUUGUUUUUCAACCAAGGGCAGUGCUGCUGCGCAGGAAGCCGUACAUUUGUUGAAGAGUCUGUCUAUGACGAGUUUGUUAAAAAGAGCGUUUCGAGAGCUCAAAAGAGGACAGUGGGAAACCCUAUGGAUAGUUCAACGCAACAGGGACCCCAGAUUGACAAGGAACAAUUUGACAAGAUCCUGGACUUAAUUGAAAGUGGAAAGAAGCAAGGUGCAAAAUUGAACUGCGGAGGCAAACGGGCUGGUGACAAAGGAUUCUUCAUCGAGCCAACUGUCUUCUCUGACGUCACUGAUGACAUGCGCAUUGCCAAAGAAGAGAUAUUUGGACCAGUGCAGCAGAUCAUCAAGUUCAAAGACAUUGAUGAACUGAUUGAAAGAGCCAAUGACACUUAUUACGGUCUUGCUGCUGCAGUUCACACUAAAGACCUCAAUAGAGCUUUGAAAGUGGCGCAUGGCAUCAGAGCUGGAACAGUCUGGGUCAAUUGUUACGAUGUUUUGAAUGCCCAGAGCCCUUUUGGUGGAUUCAAAAUGUCUGGCAGCGGCAGAGAAUUAGGUGAAUAUGGGCUUGAACAAUACACACUCGUGAAAUCGGUCAUCAUUAAACUUGAUCAGAAGAACGCGUAAAAAAGGAAGUCACGUGACAGUAUUGUUAUAUGCACCUUUACUUUUCCAUUAUGUUUUUCACGUGAAUUGUUUGCCAUUUGCCGAUGGUUCUGUAAACAUGAAAGGUAUAGUGAAAGUCUCUACCUUGA